GGGUGUGUGUGAGGGUGUGUGUGAGCACUGGUCAUUUUUGAUUUUUCAAUCAUCAGUUCAGGACAGAAGAUGAAGGCGUUCCUCCCUCUCUUGCUGCUGUCAGCCCUUGUAGCCCUGUGUGUGUGCACAGGUGCUGAUUCAGACACAAAAUCGGUCAGUGUGGGUGACUCUCCCAGUGAGGAAGGUGUGUUUGUGAAGAGAGAUCUGGCCUCUGUUGUGGUGCGGCAGAAACGAGCUGGAGCUGCAGACCUCACACAGGUCCAGUUGGAGAGUCUGCGGGAGGUGUGUGAGCUGAACCUGGCCUGUGAGCACAUGAUGGACACAGAGGGAAUCAUCGCCGCCUACACCGCCUACUACGGACCAAUCCCCUUCUAACCUGACUCCUCCUCAGCCAAUCAGGGCCAGCCCGCUGCUUAGACACACCCAGAGUGUGCGAAGCAUCUGGAAACGGAUUAGUACUAGAGUAGAUUAUUAAACAAAGAGAGCCACUGAAUUAAUAUUAAUAUUAGUGACAUCAUUGAUAUUAAUAUUAGUGCAGUGUAGUGAUGGAGAGAGAAAAAGAAAAAGGAGAAGGCACAGGAGGAAGAGGAGCAGGAAGAAGAGGAAGAGGAGAAGAAAAAAAAGAUGAUAAGGCUGUGUUGAUGUGUUAAAUUGUACUGUAGCAAAAAUAAAGCUGAAAUAAACAAACCCCGUCCCUCUUA